GAGUCGCCCUCCGCCGGCUCUGCUCUCGGCCCCCAGCGCGCAAAGACCAGCGGCAGCCGCCAGUGGCCAGGAGCAGCGGCGCGCGCGGGGAGCCGGGGCGCAGAGAGGGUCCCAAGAACCAAUGAGGAGGACGCGGGACCCCUGAGGCCUCCCUGUCCUGCUGGCCAUGCCGACUUUGACAUGCCCCCUCUCGGUGCCCCAGAUGCUCCGGACCAUCCUCCUGGCCGCCUCCCUGAGUGCUCAGAAUGGAAGAGCCGGGGACCUUCCUUGUGGAUCCGGAUGUGCACACCUGGCCCAGGACCCUGGGGAUGGUGAGGCGGCUGCAGGCCCGGCCGAGACUCAACCACACUCGCAAUGGGACAACCCCAUCUGCACCGAAGGAGUGGUUUCCGUGUCCAGAGGGGAGCGUGCCGUGAUGGCCUGCAACAUCUCCAACCCCUUCCUCAGCGUGACCAUCUACCUGAGCUCCCAUGGGAAGAACUUCAAGCCCAUCUUCAGCAUGCGGCCCACAGGAUGCUUCUGCCAGGGAGGCUGGCGGCUCCAGGUUCAGGGAAGCGUGGCCCAGCUGGUGAUCAAUGACGCGAGCCACACCCAGGCAGGAUCCUACAGGUGGCAUCUGCAAGGUCUGCAGAGAAAUAUCAAAGUCACCACACUGAACGUGUCAGGGGCAGAGUCCCAAGACCUGAAGGUGAGAGGACGCCCGCUCUUCACACAUCCCUACAGCCCAGAGACGCCACGCCCGUCCAAGGCCAGAGACCAGUUCAGGGUGGCCCCUGUGGUCAUCGGCAUCAUUGCCAGCCUCGUUUUCCUGGUGGUCAUCGGGAGAGAUGGCUCUGAGCUGGAAGACGGAGGGCCUGUGAGGAGGGUGAUAAACAGGCCUGAAACCCAGAACCGACUCCAGGAGUCCUGCCCCACUCUGAGGCCACCAGCACCCGCACUCACCCCCCCAGGAGUGGAGCCCCGUGUGUCCCACCUCCAUCUGGUUGACAGAUGCCCAGGAACCACGCAGCGGUGGCAGACAGAAGCAGCCCCUGUCCCUGCCUGCUGGCACCAGAGACCUGCUCAGCCCUUCAGCCCAAGGAGCAAGCUCUCUGCCCACCCUGGAGCGGGGGGUGGGCAGGGGGAGAGGACGGGACUCAGGCUGGCAGCUGCUUCUCCUCGGCCUUCCCCCCCAUCCCCACCCCGGGCCAGUGGUUGGCUCCUCCCCACCUCAGCCUUCUGCAGGUGUCUCAGCUCCCCGACUCCCCCUCAUCAGACUCUGUGGUCAAAAAUGGGAAAAUCUCAGGGGUGCCUGUAGGGCUCAGUCGGUGACUCAGUGGUUAAGCAUCUGCCUUCGGCUCAGGGCAUGAUCCCAGGGUCCUGGGAUUGCGCCCUGCUCAGCGGGGAGU